UCAGCGAGCACGUGCGCGCCGAGCCUCUCGCCCGUGAUAAACGUCGCGUGAUCAAUGUCCGCGGACGCGUGCACGUUCGUACGGUAACGUCACGUCGAGUAAUCCCCGCGUAAUCGGCGGAAGAGACGGAACGGGGAAGAGUGUUUAUCCCGCAGGUUCGUUUGUCGCCGCGCCAUUUUUGUCAUCGCGUGAGGCGCGCGUCCCUUUAAAAAGCCGCCCUUCGUGUGUAUGUGUGUGUGUGUGUGUGUGCCGACUAACAGUCGUGUUAGUUACGGGAUGGUCACGGGAACGGUAACAGUGACGAGACGAUCGCGAAGUUCAUGGUGAUCGCUUUCAACGUUCACCGGAAUUCCGGAAUUUCCUGUCGACAGUUGGAUGACAUGAGAGCGACGUGAUUUGGAUCGGCAAGAAGCAGAGAGGAGAGACCGUCCAGAAUGGUUCUUACUGUAACCGAGGACACCCCGGCGGACAUGCUGGCUGGAAGUAUGGAGCUUUUGGUCCAGCUGCCGCGUGAUCAUCAUCUUCACACGCAAAAGGUUACAGUGUUAAGAAGUACGCCGAUGAUGGAUCUUCUGGUACAGAUUGCGACAGCCCACAAAUUGACAGCUUCGAGUUACACUCUGCAAGCGAUCGGCGAACGUGGUUUAGUUCUACCUCAUCAUCCGAACACUCCCAUAGGAGCAUUGGACGCUCUUCAGGUGAAAUUACUUCCCAAGCAGGGCACGUGUGCGCCGCGGAAAACCAAACAGGCUAAUCAACCCUUCGAAACGACGUUUAGGUUGCAGGUGCAUUUGCCGAGAAAUCAGCUGUAUGUAUCAAGGGUCAGUCCGAAGAUGAACCUUGGAGAAAUCCUGGACGAAGUGUGCCGCGAGAAGAAUCUGGAUAGAAGCAAGUACGAACUUCGUCAUCCUGGCAAUUUGGAGGAGAUCCUGGACCUGUCAUUGUCGCUGCAGGAUUACCACUUGCAGGAAGUGACUUUGUACGCAAAGCAGACCAGAAAUCUAGGCCCGACGUUGAGCACGCAGGACAUAAUGGCGUUACAGAGGCAGGAGGAGCGGCGUCGACAGCAGACCAAGCAAAGCGUGUUCGGUUUCAUGUUCAAGAAGUCCAAAGAGAAUUCUCUAAGCACGGACAGCCUCGGGGGUCGCAGCGUCUCACCGGCUAGAAGCGAUGAAACCGCGAGGAGCGCCAGUCCUCUUCAGCCGCCGACGCGACCGCAGCGAAAGAGAAGACCGGCUCCGAAGCCGCCCAGCGACGCGUCGACUCUCCGGGACGUGGUUGGAGACAGCAGCAAGGACAAGAUGAUGAUCAAUCACAGCCGUAACAGCAGCGACAGUUCCGGCUAUCACGAGGCCUCUGUGCUUAGCGAUAAUCCAGAUUCAGCUGCGAGGCUACCAGAAACCCUGCCGAGACGAAGUAAAGCACCGGGGACGUCUGACAACCCUAGGAAGCUAGCGCAGACUUCACAGUCCAGCAAGAGUCUGGGCAACUUGGCAGCGACCAGCGAAACGCUCAGUCGGGGGAUCAGUAGCACUUCUCUCAGUUCCACUGAUUCGAAUUCAAGUCUUCGAAAGAAGAGAGCAGCGCCUCCGCCGCCAGCGCCCAGACCACUUUCGUCAGCUAUUUCCACGCAGGCCUUAGAACGCAUUGUCGACUCUGAAGAGUCGUUAACGUCUGACAUGGAUCCUUCGAAACCGCCGUCGGACAUUGGCGUGCCGUUAAAGGCCAGCUCGGACAUCGACUGUCCCAAAGCCAAUUCCGACAUCGGCGUUAGCACGCAGUCUACGCGCCAGCUGGAUUACAAAUCAAACCCAGAAGUCGCGACGUGCGAAUCUGAUGGCAACGUUCAGCAGAAUGGCACGGCCGAAACGAGUGUCGCGGCGUAUUCUAGUUCAGAUUCGGUCAACAGUAAGCUUGCUAAAGCGAAUGUGGAGGUGCCUGCCCCGAUAACAACCGCCCCAAGAGUAAAGCAAGCUAGAGUAGCAGCAAAGAGAGUUGGAGAAUCUGCACCCCUUCCUAUGCCUCGAAAGGUUAAUGCAGGUAAUAGUGCUUCUGAUCCACCGAAGGCACCUAAGCGUAGUAAAGUAGCUCCGGUUUUGAUACCACGUAGAGCCUCGAGUAUAGAAAGCGACCACGAUUUAGCACGUGAGAGUCCUGAACACGUCAGUGAAGCACGUUGCACUUCGAUCGAUGAGAAUACGAUAUCAUUGGAUCAAGACGGUCUCAUUACGCGUAUUGAGCAUGAAAAGGCGCAUUCAAAGAUGAGGAAUGAUUGUGCACCUGGUAACGAGGAUCAGAUAAGUCAGAAAGAAAAGAUGUCAAAACCUAUCGAUGAUGCUGCAAUUGAAUAUGAUACAUCUUUAGAGUCACGUCAAGAUUCAAACGAUGAAACGGAAAACACUUCUGAAUUACAUUCUAAUUCUAUAGAACUGACUCGUGUUCACUCUGAAGAGGCAUCUAAAGAUAAAUCCUUGAAUGACGAUGAAUUUAAUCACGAGAAAAUAAUGCCGGACAUCGUCAACGAUGUAGAGAAUCAAAAAUCGUUGAAUUCAAGUCAGCGUUCAGGUAAUGAAGGAGAAUUACACGUUGACUCAAAGGAACCACAGUUAUCUGAGUGUAAAGAUAUCCCUGAAGAGAGGAAGAAUAAUUCACCGGAGCUGGAUCGCGAGAUAAAAUCUAAAACUAUCGACUCGCUUGAUGAAAAUGAGAAUCAGCCUCGUGAUACUUCGUUAUCUAAUGAUCCUUCCUCAAACGAGAAUACAAUGAAACUGGAUUGCGUGACCGAGCCGAGAAACGAGCAAUUGAAGCUACCACAUCGAUCUACUUGUCAAAGACCACCCAGAGUGCCGAGAAGAGCAACACCUUCCACCUACCGGACUGAAGAAAACGCCGAAGAAGAGGCAGUGAAGCGCACCCAUUCGAGAGACGUGACGAAUGAUGCAGUAGUGAAAAAUAGCGGUGAGAGGGACAGAGAAACAUGCACGGUGAUCUCCACCAUACCAAAGUGCGAGCACCUCGAUCGAGCCGUGAAAGAAAACAGCAGUUCAAGUAGCGUGAAACGCGGUGUCGCGUCGAUGGAUCAUCAUGAAUUCGACAGACAGAUUAGCCGUGCGGCGGAAAGUGUCAAUAAAUUACAUGAAAAACUCGAAGAUCAGAUCGAAGAGGCAAGCAGUGAGCACGCGAAGAGCGCUAAACGGCCGAAGGCGAGGACGAAGGUGAGAAGUCAGUCGAAAUCGGACGACUUCGAGGUGGAUUCCCUGAAGAGGCAGAGGCGAUAUCUCACUUCGCCCGCGGAAAACAUCGCGCACGCUUUGAAUCUGAACCUUCCAGUGCGAAACUCCAUCUCUUCCAGCGUGGCGGGAAAGGAGUGGGAACAAAGUACCGCUGGGCAUUGCGCUAAUGGGGAUACACGGGAUGCGGAUGUAGAUAAGAGAGAAUCGCAUGGUGGAUUAGUCACAGCAGCCAAUCAAGAUGUUCCGUCCGAAACUGACAUCCUGCUACAAAAAGUAUCGGAUACUCUAUCCAGCGUGCUGCCGGCCGCCUCGUCUCCGGUGCCGGAGCCACUGUCGUCUUCAAAGACGAACCAUGCGACUGCAACCGUACAGACGAACGUCGCUGAUGUCCCCGACAGCUCUGCGGCCAAGUUGGAAACGGUCGGGACGAAGAACGACUCGAGCGAGAUGCAUCGAUCGUGCAUCGACUUCCCGGUGGAGAACACUUUGAGCGCUAGCACGCCAAAUAUGACUGCGACGGGUUCGCAGCAGGAUACUUCUGAUUACGUGUCGGCAAUGGAGGACCUGUCCAUCAGCGAUUGGGAGUAUCAGCUUCCAGCUCCACCGAGCGCUUUUCGCGAUUCACAUUCUCCUAUCUUCAACGAUUACGAUACAAUCACACUGGGAUCAGUGGACGCUUUCAAGGAGCAGCUGAUAGACCCUGUUUCGGAGCCGGUCGACGACGGCAAGAACAUCGAAUCGGCAAAGAAUCCAUCGAACGAUUCCGAAGCGAGCAAUCCGAAAUCUUCAAACCGAAAAGUCUUGGACUUGGAGUCUGAAGCGGAAAUCGAUAUUAAGCGAACGGCGAACAAACCUGUUGCCAAACAGCCGUCCGUAGUGUCUCACAAAUCAGAGACUAAUCCAGACCUGCGUAAAGAAAUUAUUUCCGAACUGGAGAACAAGAUAGAGACUGGUACGCUGGCGCAAACUAUCAGUAAAGAUUUCGAUCGGAGGAACAUGGACAAUUUGUCCACGCCGAACGUAGCGCCCGUGGACAACACGCUGUCCAAUUUCACUAUCACCACGUACACCAAACAGAAGAGCGUGGACAUUUUUGAGGAAGCUGAGGAAGCCGCUGCAAGAAACUCGGAAGAGAGGUUUAUCAAGACGUUCGCCACGUUAUCGAGAAACAAUGGCGGUGCGAGCAACUACGAUAAGCAAAGUGUGACGAAGAACGCGUAUUUAAGUAACGGGAUGAUGCCGUACGACAAGAAAGUAGCGACGAGUAAGCUCGAAGAGUUGAGCGAUGUCUGUAAAACGGAGCCAAAGAUUCGUGAUCAGGAUGAGCCGUCUCACAAGAGGCAGUCUUUUACCGCAGCCAAUGAGAAGAUUAAUAUUCAGCGAUCCAAGAGUUACAUAUCGAUGUCGAGCAACGCGAGAUACCAGACGGAAGUGCAGGGAAUUGGCGAGAGGAAGUACGAGGUGCAGGUUGAGCCAGAGGCUGCUGGUAUGAAGAAAGCCACAAGCAUCACAGGCCUGAACGUCGACGUGUUAGCAGGUAACGGAAAGUUCUCGCAGUGGAGGGACAAUAUAUUGAAACAGCAAGAGGAACCUACCAAAGAGAAGCAAUUACAAUCACUGCAGGUGCUGAAAAGCAUUUUGCCGCAGUUGAAGAACGCUCAACAGGCGGAAGAAAAUGUAUCCAAAGAAUACAAUAGUACGGUAUUAAUCGAAAAGACAAGAUACGAAGCUGGGUCCAACGAACAUUCGACAACAAUGAAUGUAGUUUCGACAUGCGAAUCCCGGGACUCGGAACCGGAAUGUAAGAAGUUGCCAAGGGAGGAAAGACGUUACACCUACACUGGUCCACCGGCGAUCAGUCUGGGCAGCUGGUCGGAAAGACCGAGUGUUAACGUCCAAAUCAAGAUAGACACCGAUUACAAGCUAGGAGCGAGCAAUGCAAGCAGCAAUAAAACCGUCGUUAGCAUCAAUGGCGCGAGGGACGAGAAGAAUCCUGCGAAUUACGCCAGCAACAUCAGUAAGAACAAUUUUGCGAACAAAAGUCCUGACAAGCUCGCGAGGAAAUUAAUCACGCACACGACGGCGUCGGGUUUCAAGGUGCCGAUAUCGAACCGAGUUAACUUCAAUCCGACGAAGAGCGAAGACAAGCCCGUUGUGAUGGGCGUCGAGUUAAAGAAGGUCUUUGUCGAGACGUCGAAAGAGACGUCGAAGAGUGAUGAGAACGAGAUCGACACCACGCCGGUGAAUUUCAGAGAAUUGACAAAGACAUUCGGUCAGCACGUGAAUCUUAAACCGAAACCUAAACGCACUAAUAUUAACAGACACUCGGCGGAUAUCAGCAGCUACUACUACGACACACCGGACGAGACGAGAGCGAUCAUGAACGUCAAGCAGAACGGUCACGCCAAGUUUCCCAAGGCGUCCGAUCAAAACGAGAUCUCGUUCAAGGUUCAACCAUUGAUGCACGACACUCGGCAAAAUUCCAGGACGAAGAGGUUCACGUCCGUCGUGGGGUUGAAUGGGACGAACCAGAACGUCGGCUUGCAAAAUGAAGCGUCCCUCAGAAACAACGUCAGCAACGCUAUCAAAAUCAAUCCACCAAUGCCCAUUGUAAAGGGGUUUAAAAUACCCAGCGCUGAUCCUAAGAUGAACAACAAUCAGAUGAAUCACAACGGGCUAUCGACAGUCGAUAGUUCUAACAAAGGUGUGCAACCUCCUAAACCCCCAACUAUGCCGGUGAUAACAGGAGUGACACUGAAGAGCACUAACGUGAGGCCCAAGUCGAUGCCAGUUCAAUUAGAUCCCAGGGAUAUGCUGUUGGAAUCCAUCAGGAAUUUCGGUGGGCGCGAGAAGCUAAAAAGCACUGCGGAGAGAUACUGAUCGCGCACGAUCUCUGCGGAAGUGAAGGUAAGGAAUGUAAUUUGUAGGAUCAUCUUGGCGAAGGGUUCGUCUGGGUCGUACGCGUUGAAUAAUGAAUUUUUUUUCGUUCCUUUGUCAAAUGAGUCCAAAAAUUUAUGUUCUUAAAUCGUAAUCAGAUAUCAAGAAUUAAGAUUUCUUCACAAGAAACGUGCAAGUUUCUUGUAAAUUGAAGAAAAUUUGUGUUUAGAACAUUGUUGAAAGAACUUUCCAGAAAUAGGAUGUUGAGGAAUUCGAUUCGUGCUACUUUCUAUUUUCUGUAUAUUUGUCCUAUUCUUCGUAACGUACAUAUAAUUGCUUUAACACUGUAACUGCCGACUAUUGUACCUUUGAAGUCACUAAAAAUUAUACGUGUAAUAUAUUCGCUGGGGAAUACGCGAUUAAAAGGUACUCUGGUUGGUUCUUGCAUUAGCAUUUAACAUAAAAGGAAACAAGCUAUAAGUAAUAUGUAUUCGCGUUACACGUUACAUUACUAAUAUCGCAAAUUAUGAGUUAUGUCGUAUUGCGUAUGUCUCUAUCAGUAUGUGCCGUCGACAGAAAUGCUAAAUCUGAUCAUGAAUUUCGCGUUGGUCACGUGUAAAUACGGUGUAUAAACGGCAAUCUGGGAACUCCGUCACAAUCUGAUGAAAAAUGUACAUAGUGUUCGAGACGUACUCGAUAUUUCGAUAGUAAAACAAGAAUAAUAGAAACGUUUAUUCUAUUUACUUGGAUAAUAUCAAUUCGACAUUGCUCACGUUAAUUAAUAUUAAAGAAAAAGCGAUGAGAAGGAGAGAUUGUUACGUGAGAGUGUAUAUGCGUGUGAGAGAGAGUUAUUAAGCAGAAUUAAGUUACUUUUUUCCUAGUUUGGUAAGACCGUUCGAUCCUAGCUUUGGUGCGGUAUGUAUUAAGAAAAACAAUGUAAUACCAAAGUUAGCCAUGGACGGAUCAAUAUCGGUUACUAAUAGCGAUUCCAAUACUACAAUCUGCUUGAAUAUCAAUAUGUAAGUUCUAAUAUCUCCGCCGUAGUAGUAAUAACCGUAAGUUUCUAUCAACGGGACCAAAGGUGACAUCUUAUUUUAGAUAUCGUGCAACGAACUUAGAGUUGUAGGAUAUUUCCUGCGUCAAAUACGACAUAGUCUUUUACUAAAUCUGGUCAAUAUAUCGAGUUGUACAGCAAGAAUCGGAAUCAAUGAUAUAAAUUUAUUUACGCACGCGAGAAAAUGCUUAUUUAAAACGCUGAAGAAUAUCUUUUUUUCUCUGUACGGACAUAUUUGGGAGAACAAACAAAUGUGCUUUGGCGCGUUCGUAUCUAAAUAAUUAAUUUUUCUUUGCACUGCGCAGUCAUGUUCCAAUUCUUCAAGAUAGUUGGAGCACAUUCCUUACGUAGUACAUUCCACACAUAUAAUACGUUCCUUUCUUUCGCAGCUUACAUGUAGAAUCAUAAUUUCAUUUUUUUUUUAGAAUUGGAGCGAUCAAUGUUGAUCUAUAAUUUUUGACAGAGAUGAGUAUGUCUGAAAAUUGAUGCCAUGCUUUUUAUCAUUAAGAUAAAAAAUCAGUAUUAGAUUUAUAUAAGAAAAUUAACAAUUCCCUUUUCUGUUUUUCAAACUGCACUUUCUGCAUCUAAUGAUAAAUUAAUUUUUUUCUUUUUCAAAGCGCAAACGUACAUUGUUUCGUUCUCGUUCUCGUUAGAAUAGAAAGAUGCAGUAAAUUUAUAUUAUUUUUAAGCAACGACUGAAGCUGAUGUAAUUUUCAUGAGUUUACGUUCUCAAUUUCGAGUAUUUACGAAGUCCGACAUCAGUAAUAAUAAUAACGCAAAUAUCGAUUAUUAGCUUUCAAAUUACGCGAUGAGUUAUUGUUCCAGCUUCAAACCGUCGAUAUUUGUAAACUUUACCACACUCGACGGUGUUUAAUAACGAUGACGAAUAGCAACGAGUGUGAUUUCGUAAAAUGAAGGCUGGCUUUAUGAAUGAUUGUUGCAUCACAUAAUGCCAGCUGAUUCGUUACAUUUCGCAGUUUCACACAGGAUUUAGAGAUAUCGUUAUGGUAGUAUAUUUGGAGGGUUAAGAUACAUAUAUUGUAAAUAUAUUGCGUAAUGUCAAUAUUGUAUUUAAUAUCUUUCCCUUACAUACAUGUGCACGCUAUAACGGAGCAUCUAUUUAUAUGUUAUAAUUUAUAUAUAUAGCUGUAUUAAAAUUAUAACAUUG